AUGUCUGAAUAUCAAAAUAGAACAGUAGGCGCUGCGAACUCGUUCGAUUUCAGAUCUUAUAUUGAGAAAAACGGAACCGUAGUUUCUCGCUGGCAUGAUAUUCCGCUCUUUGCCGACGAGUCCAAGACCUUGUUGAAUUUCGUUGUUGAAAUUCCUCGCUGGACUAAUGCUAAGGUUGAGAUAUCCAAAGAUGAACUUUUGAAUCCUAUUAAACAAGACACAAAAAACGGAAAACUUCGUUACGUUAGAAACUGCUUCCCUCACCACGGUUAUAUCUGGAAUUAUGGAGCUUUCCCACAAACCUGGGAAGAUCCGACCGUCGUUCAUCCUGAAACAAAAGCGAGAGGUGACAAUGAUCCACUUGAUGUCUGUGAAAUCGGCGAGCAAGUUGGCUAUCCUGGUCAGAUCAAGCAAGUCAAAGUAUUGGGGAUCAUGGCUCUCAUAGACGAGGGUGAGACCGAUUGGAAAGUUAUCGUGAUUGACUCCAAGGAUCCACUUGCCGGCAAACUAAACGACAUUGAAGAUGUUGAGAAGCAUCUGCCUGGUCUUAUUCGCGCUACCAAUGAAUGGUUCCGUAUUUACAAGAUCCCUGAUGGCAAACAAGAAAAUCAAUUUGCUUUCGGCGGUGAAGCCAAAAACAAGAAAUACGCAACGGAAAUCAUUCACGAGACUCAUGAGUCGUGGCGUCGACUUAUUACCGGACAAAUUCCCAACAAUACUGACAAAUACAAAAUCAACAUCACAAACCUAACAAUCGAGGGCAGUCCGGGCUUUAUAACCGCCGACGAUCCUCUUUAUGAAUCGAUUCCUCUAGAGAAUAGAUUACCACCUGCCCCGAUUGAUCCAGCCAUCGACAAAUGGUUCUUCAUUUCGGGCACUACAAUUUAA